AUGGCCAAGGAACAUGUCCAUGGGAAGCCUUCACUCCCUGAAUUUAAUGCGACCGUGGACCCGACUCUUGCACCUUUUCAAAUCUCCCAAGGAACUUACCUCGAGAACAAUCCGACGGUUCUUUACAAGUCAACAGAGUAUCACAUCAAUGGAGGCAUAGGGUCAGGAGCGGUCGUCAUUACCGAUGCCGAUGUCUUCGCAAAGUCCGGAAGCAACGCAACAGAAUUGCCACAGACGACCAUGGCCUCGCAGCAACAGCAACCGAGAGUCCUCCUGGUCCGGCGCGCUCCUACCGAUUCGUCGCCGAACCUCUGGGAAGUACCUGGAGGUGCCGUAGAUUUCGACGAUCCGACGAUCCUUCAUGGCGCGGCACGAGAGCUCUGGGAAGAGGCAGGUCUGCACGCCACGGCUUUCCACCGAAUUGUGGGACCAGAGCAUGGUCAAGUGUUGACAACAAGAAGAGGACGACUGUUCGUCAAGUUCCACUUCUUGGUUGACGUCAAGUCUUACGACGUGAAGCUGGACGAGAAUGAACACAGUGACUUUUGCUGGGCGACAGAGGCUGAAUGUGAAGUGGGAACGGUCAAACGAAGGGUUGAAGGGCAGGAGACGACAUUAGACAUUCCCUUCACCUCGGAGGCACAGAAAGCUGCGAUCAUGGCGGGCUUCGAAGCCUGGAGGAAGGUGCAGGCUGCAGCAAACUGA